AUGAUCUCUAUCGAUAGAUUCGAUGGAGACAACUACGCGACGUGGAGCCGCUACAUGCGUGGCGUGUUCCUGACCAAGUCGACGUGGCACGUGGUCAACCGGGAGACCACCCCCACCUUCGCCGAUCCUCGCGCCAGUGAUGAGUACGUCAAGACGAACAACAUUGCGUUCGGCUUGAUGUUACUUCACAUGAGCGCGGACUAUCAUCACGUGGUUGAUGACUGCGACGAGGCAUGGGUUGCGUGGACACGGUUGAAGACUCUCUACGGCGGAUCGCAGAAGGCGGGACGGAUCUUCUUGAAGCGGCAGCUGUUCAGCAUGGAGAUGGCGGAAGGCGGCAAUGUGAUGCAUCAUUGCAAUGAAGUUCUCAACAUCAGCGCCAAGCUCAGCAGCAUCGGCGCCAAGAUGGAGGAUGAGGACGUGGCGAUCUGCUUGUUGUGCAGCCUCCCCAAGAGCUACGAGAACGUCAUGCUGAACUUGGAGAUGAGCAGCGCGGAACUGCGGACGCAAGACGUCGUGAAAGUGCUGACGAAUGAGCACAUCAAGAGACAAGGGAAAAAGACGACAUCGGUGAAAACUGAAGAAGCGACCAAGGCCUUCAGUACCGAGCGUGAGGUUCGUCAGUGUACGUUCUGCGUAAAAUUGGGGCACACGGUGGAAAAGUGCUGGACCAAGCAGAAGGAAGACAAUCGGGGAGCUCGACGCGACGGCAAUGCACGUGGACGCGGAGCGAAUCAAGUUCAGUGGCAAGGCUACAACGGCAACAGCAACUGUGACUAUGAUCGAGUGGCGUUUGCUGUUUCGCUGGAAUGCGGACUUUCAACGACCAAGAGCAUGUCUGGAAUGUGGGCGAUUGACAGCGGUGCAACACAUCACAUCUGCUAUGACAAGUCCAAGUUCGAAGUUCUGGACGAGCGCAAUGAAGGCGAAGUGUUGGUUGCAGAUGGGAACAAGGCUGCGAUCAACGGUGUCGGGACAAUCAUCGAAAAGGUGACCCUGUCCAACGGUGAAGAGCGCGAAGUCGAGAUCAAGAACGCGCUUUACGUCCCAAGCAUGAACAAAAACUUGCUUUCGAUACCACAAAUCAACAAAAGCGGCAAGUUUCAAGUGGUGUUUGAUGGUGACGAGAUGAAGAUUUCGCACAAAGGCUCCAAGCAAGUAAUAGCGAUGGCCGAUCUUGUGGAUGGCCUCUACUGGCUUCGUACAUCCCAACGAUCGGUGAAUGCGGCUUCAGGACCAAGAGUCGAAAACCUUCAUGCGCGUAUGGGCCACGCACCGAUUGAUGUCUUGUGCAGAAUAGUCUCCAAGGGCAUGAUCAAGGAUGCCAAGAAGCCAGCAAAAUUGAGCGGAUCAAGCGUGUGUCAAGGUUGUCUAGAAGGAAAAAUGGUUCAACGACCGUUCCCGAGCAAUCCAAACAAGCGCCACUACGAUCCGUUUGAGCUUCUACACAUCGACACUUGUGGUCCAAUGGAAGUCGACUCGCUAGGUGGAAGCAAGUACUUGCUACUGAUCGUCGAUGAAGGCAGCGUAUGUAUGAAGGGUUUCAGUCUGCGCGCCAAGUCCGACAGCGAAGAGUGCAUCAAGAAGUACAUCAUGGCAGUACAGACGCAGUUUGACUACAAGGUCAAGUUCGUUCGACACGAUGGUGCACGAGAAUUUGCGGCGAAUUCGCUCAAGGCAUUUUACGAUGAUCAAGGAAUCGAGCAGCAAGUUACCGUUCCGUAUGCGCACCAGACCAACGGCACGGCGGAACGGGCAAUUCGGACUAUUGUGACGAUCGGGCGCAGCAUGCUUUGUUGA